UCCACCAUUGCACCUCCUCUUCAACCUCCUCCUCCUUCUCCGACGACCGCCAUGGCCCGACCUCAACAACGGUACCGGGGUGUUCGCCAACGACAUUGGGGCUCUUGGGUCUCCGAAAUUCGCCACCCUCUAUUAAAGACGAGAAUAUGGUUGGGGACGUUCGAGACGGCGGAGGAUGCAGCCCGAGCCUACGACGAGGCAGCGAGGUUGAUGUGCGGCCCCAAAGCUAGAACUAACUUCCAACUCAAUCUCAACGAUCAACCCUCCUUUUCUUCUUCCUCCAACCUUCUCUCACCGGCGCUCAUAGCCAAACUACACAAAUGCCAUUUAGCCUCACUCCAAAUCGCCAAAAAACACAUCCAUAAGCAACACCCUGGGUUCGACCCGAACGGCGGUCCUCCACCGAGCAUUUCCAGAACCACCACCGGCCCGUGGCCACCGGAAGAAACAUGGGUCUACUCCGACGAAGCCCAAAUGGAGAUCAACAACAACGACAACAACAUUCAUCGUCAGCAAUGCCUUCAACCUCUUGAAGACGAUCACAUUGAACAAAUGAUACAAGAGUUGCUAGAUCUCGGACCGUUUGAAAUCAUUACAUAGCUCCAA